GGGGCGUCCUGCCUCGUCCCCGCCCUGCCGCGAAGCUCUAUUCUGGCGGCAGAGGAUCGGAGUGGGGUUACGAAAGGGUGCGCCCAGCGGUGUAGAACCAGAAAGGGGCUGCGGAACGGGGUCCUAGCAGUCCGUGCCGAGGCGGGAGGCCAGAGCCCCCAGUGAGGGGCCGGGCCGGACGAGACAGCCCGGGCGUCCUGGCGGACCGCCCGGUGCACAGAGCAACCGUGUUGGGAAGACUCAAGGCUGUCUGUCCAAGCCAUGGGCGCUGUCAGGGGUUCGGGGGUCCCCUCAGGGCCCCGACCACUCGGCCUGGGCAUUUCAUCGGUUCCACAUCGCCAUCCAGCCUCGAAGCCAGCAGGACUGAAAAAUAGCGUCGGCCAAACGUGUUCUUCCCUCUAGGGAGAGGGGUCGAGCCCGGCAGCCCGGGGGAUUCAGGAGGGAUGCCCUGGCCCUCGGGGGGCGGAGGGAGCGGAGAGCGCCCUCUUGGACCAUCACAUGCCGCCUCCUGUGUUUCUAUCUCUGCUGAGUGGGCUGGGCCACGCUGACCACCCUGUAGUAGGAGGGACGGACACGGCUCAGCGGGCUCUGACUGCCACUUUUAGGUGGCUGCUCACGGGGACCCAGGAGGGAUCGGGCAUGGGACGCAGCCUCGCCUCCCUACCGCCCAACCUCUCAGGCGCCGGAGUUGGCAAAGUGCAGAUGUGAGGGGACCCGUCGGCUGCCCCGGCUUCUUCAGGACACCGCCGGGUACCCGCGCGUCCCUCCGCGCCCCAGGAGGAGCAGCUUGGUGUAGGGCUCCCAGGCGGGCGGGCGCGUGGAGCCGGAGCCCCAGCCUAGCCAUGGGACAUAACGGGAGCUGGAUCUCCCGAAACACCAGCGAGCCGCCGAACGUGUCGGGUGCGGAGGCUGCGGGCGUGAACCGCAGCGCGCUGGGGGAGUUCGGCGAGGCGCAGCUGUACCGCCAGUUCACCACCACGGCGCAGAUCGUCAUCUUCAUCGGCUCGCUGCUCGGAAACUUCAUAGUGUUAUGGUCAACUUGCCGCACAACCGUGUUCAAAUCUGUCACCAACAGGUUCAUUAAGAACCUGGCCUGCUCGGGGAUUUGUGCCAGCCUGGUCUGUGUGCCCUUUGACAUCAUCCUCAGCACCAGUCCUCACUGCUGCUGGUGGAUCUACACCAUGCUCUUCUGCAAGGUUGUCAAGUUUUUGCACAAAGUCUUCUGCUCUGUGACUAUCCUCAGCUUCCCUGCCAUUGCUCUGGACAGGUACUACUCAGUCCUCUAUCCACUGGAGAGAAAAAUAUCUGAUGCCAAGUCCCGUGAACUGGUGAUGUACAUCUGGGCCCAUGCAGUGGUGGCCAGCGUCCCUGUGUUCGCGGUGACCAACGUGGCCGACAUCUAUGCCAUGUCCACUUGCACAGAAGUCUGGAGCAACUCCUUGGGCCACCUGGUGUACGUUCUGGUCUAUAACAUCACCACGGUCAUUGUGCCUGUAGCUGUGGUGUUCUUUUUCUUGAUAUUGAUCCGACGGGCUCUCAGUGCCAGCCAGAAGAAGAAGGUCAUCAUAGCAGCCCUCCGGACCCCACAGAACACCAUCUCUAUCCCCUACGCCUCACAGCGGGAGGCUGAGCUGCACGCCACCCUGCUGUCCAUGGUGAUGGUCUUCAUCUUAUGCAGCGUGCCCUACGCCACCCUGGUUGUCUAUCAGACUGUGCUCAAUGUCCCUGACACCUCUGUCUUCUUGCUGCUCACUGCCAUUUGGCUUCCCAAAGUUUCUCUGCUAGCAAACCCUGUUCUCUUUCUUACUGUGAACAAAUCUGUCCGCAAGUGCUUGAUAGGGACCUUGGUGCAACUACACCACCGGUACAGCCGCCGAAACGUGGUCAGCUCAGGGAGCGGGAUGGCUGAUGCCAGCCUGGAGCCCAGCGUGCGCUCAGGCAGCCAGCUCCUGGAGAUGUUCCACAUAGGGCAGCAGCAGAUCUUUAAGCCCACGGAGGAUGAGGAAGAGAGUGAGGUCAAGUACGGUGGCUCAGCUGACUUCCAAGCCAAGGAGAUAGUCACCACCUGCCUGGAGGGAGAGCAGGGGCCACAGCUUCUACCCUCUGCACCACCCCCCGGCACCGUGGACUCUGUAUCCCAGGUGGCGCCAGCAGCCUCUGUGGAACCCGAGACAUUCCCUGAGAAGUACUCCGUGCAGUUUGGCUUUGGGCCUUUUGAGUUGCCUCCUCAGUGGCUCUCAGAGACCCGAAACAGCAAGAAGCGGCUGCUCCCCCCCUUGGGUAACACCCCAGAAGAGCUGAUCCAGACAAAGAUGCCCAAGGUAGGCAGGGUGGAGCGGAAGAUGAGUAGAAACAACAAAGUGAGCAUUUUUCCAAAGGUGGAUUCCUAGCAAGGAUGUAAACUCCUGGAGGCAACAGGGAGUGUCCAUGUGCCUGCCCUUCCUUUACUCUGACCGUAGGAUUUGUGUGAUCUCAUUGCAACUCAGUAUGGGUUGAUUCCUUCUGUAUGGGCCAAAUGCUUUUGAAUGAUAUGGAAGUCUAUAUAAAAUCGAAUGUCCUCUUUACUGAGGGAGUAUGUUUAUCUGUCUUUGUGAUCUGUGUCCUUAGUCAAGUCCAUGUUAUUGUCUGUGGGGAUGAAAGCCAGGCAGCUGAGGGAGGGUCUGGAGGUGGGUACUCCAUGUGCACUCUCUGGGGACUCCCUGCUUCCCUGAGCUCAGCAGAGCACACACAGAGAGAUGAGCAUCCAUGAGCUCUAAGGGAAUUCCAAGAUAAUUACAGAGCAGGUGGCCACAGAGGAAAUGCCUAUUCAAUUAACUUUAACAUGACAAACAGAGAUUUCUUUUUUUUAUCCUGAGAAGACGGAGACUUGGCAUCUGACACCAUUUCCUUAGAAGCCCCCAUCCCAUGAUUCAUGGUUUUGUCCAAUAUCCUCCAUCCCCUCCUUUGGAAUAGAGGCAAAGGACGACAGUUCCACCCCUAUUUGAUAGACAUGACUGUAGAUAUGCCCAGCGGGUAAGGGAGAUAAUUUGUCUUCAAUUAUCCUGGUAUUCUCUUGGCAUUGCCAAGGCCUC